GCUGGGACCUCCCACCUCUACCCCUUCUCUCAGGCGGCCUACCUCCCUGCUGCUAGCGCACACGCUCAACCGCCCCUGCUACCCUCCUCCAAGCGCCCAUGGCGCGCCGCUGCUCCUAGCGCGACCCGUGGGCCACGCUCCCCGCUGCCGGUCGCGGCGGGAUCCACGCCGUCGUCGCCUGGCACGCAACGCUGGAGCUCCGCGCCCGCGUGCCACCUGGGUCUACGCUCACACGACGGUGCACCCGCCGACGAGCCCAACCGGAGCUCCUCCUAGCCGUCGGGGCAUCGGCUCUCUCUUCGUUUGGCCGCUGACCCGCUCGUGGCCACCAAGCUCGCGACGUCGCCGCUCCCCAUGUCGGCGCGGCCCCAUGGCCGCGCGCCUGCCACCAGCAGCGGCGCGGCGCUUCUCCCCGCUCGCCGGCGAGCCCCGCCUGUACUUCCCCCAGCAGCCAGGCCGUCGGCUCUCCCUCCCUCGCGCCCUCUCUCUUCCCCAGCUCCCUUGUCGUCGUCUGCCUCACCAUGGCGCGGCCAUCCGCCGCCACCCCUCCCCCUGCGGCAGUGGAUCUGCAUGCCCCUCCCCUCUGGCUCCGGAGGCGCGGUCGCGACCCCCUCCCUUCCCCGGCGGCUUAAAUCCGCCUCGGCCUGACCCGGCAAGGGCCUUUCCCGAUGGCGUCCCGCUCGUCGGCAAUCGGCCUCCCUACCCGGCCAGCAGCCGCCGUGGCCUCGCGGGCACUCCCUUCCCCAACGGUCGCCGACCCUUCUUCCAUGGCGUGGUUACACUGCAUCGGCAUCUCCGCUCGCGCAGCCCCUCGUCAUCGCGCUAGCCACCUUACUGCACGUGCCGACACCUAGCAGCGCCAACUCUUCGAGCUUAUUCCGUCGUGGCGUCAAACCCCUCUAAGGGCGUGUUCGGUUGGAUUGAGAGAGAUUG